AUGCCUCGUCUUUUGUCCUCUGCUAUCCAAUACCUCCGCAAUAAUGUCGACCGAGCAGCCCCUCAUGGCCACGAAUCAGUCCCUUUUUUGACGCAGGAACGGAUCUAUGUCAAGAGCCCGGACGUCGAAAAUGGAGCCUACAAUGACCUAUGUGCCGUCAAAGCCGAUUUCGAUACUGCCAAAUCACCCAUCGCCUCUAAUCCUGACACUGUCCCUGACACGUCCUUUGACCGUAUCGCAACUGCUAUUCUUCCUACAUGGCGCUGGACACAGAGUCUCCCUUCGUGGACAUCUUUGGACAGACGGGGACGCAUUGUGCUGUACACAGAGCAUAUCAGAGACAGCAGUUCAUACGAAUCGCGCCGGACCGUCCCAUUGAAGAAGGUUCUACGCCUUUUGGCCUUGUCGCUGAUGCUUCUGGGACUUCUCGAAUUCAUUGCCUUGUCAUGCGGCCUCCUGCUUUCAUUCUUUCCCGAUGAAGUGGACGACGUAUUGGGUUCCUGGACUGCCUCUGAAAGUGUCUCGGACAACCUAACUCACUGGCCCACUGAUUUCUCCGCUGACGUUCAUCCUGUCGCUUGCCAUUCUCACAAUGACUAUUGGCGCAAAGAGCCUCUGUUUUCUGCACUGCACGCCGGCUGCACCGGGGUCGAGGCUGAUGUGUGGCUGGUUGGUGAAGAAUUGUAUGUCGGACAUUCCAUGGCCGCUCUGGCUCCGGAACGGACUCUUCGUAGUCUCUACAUCGACCCCCUGAUGAAGAUUUUGGACCACCAGAAUCCUGUCACUUCAUUCCAUCCGUCUAUCGACACCCCUCCAAACGGUGUCUUCGAUACGAAGCCAGCCGAGACCCUCGUCCUGCUGAUCGAUUUCAAGAACGAGGGCCAUGCCAUUUGGCCAUAUGUCUCUGCGGAAAUCGAACCUCUACGGGAGAGGGGCUAUCUCACCUAUUUCAACGGUAGCGAUGUAGUCGACGGGCCGAUCACCGUCGUGGUCACGGGAAAUGCCCCUUUCCACGCCGUGGUUGCGAGCCCACAUUACCGGGAUAUGUUCUUCGAUGCUCCUUUGGCCCUCAUGGAGAAACUAUCCGACAUGGUUCCGCCAGGAGCACAUCCACCUGCAUCUUCACAAGACACCUCACUUCAGGGCACUCGCUCUGUUCCCACCAAGCGGCACUGUGAGGAUCAGGGUCAAGGUCUGUCAGGGUCAGCUCCCUUGAACCCCGCCAUCUAUUCCCGUGCCAACUCAUAUUAUGCAUCGGUCUCCUUCCAGGACAGUAUUGGGUGGCCUUGGCGAGGCCGAUUGUCAAACGGCCAGAUUGACAGAAUGCGCAAACAGAUUGCAGGAGCACACUCCCGAGGCCUGAAGGUGCGAUACUGGGGGGUGCCCAGCUGGCCCCGAGGAAUGAGAGACUACCUGUGGCGGACAUUGGUUCAAGAAGGCGUUGAUUAUCUGAACGUCGAUGAUCUAAAAUCGGCCACACAAGGCACCUGGGGCUGGGGCGAGAAGAAGUCUUGGUUCCAUGGCCCGUGGCGGUCUCGCUUUAUUGAGACAGGGGAGUGA